GUAGGCCAGACCCGCCCUCCGGGCUGCGUUUUUCCGGCGGCGCAGAAACUUCUUGCGCGGUUGCUAUGGUUCUGAGGGCAAGACUAUGGGAGGCUGCCCUGUACGGAAAAGAAGAAAUGGCAAUAAAGAGGGCAACCAUCAUUCCCCCCAGCCCAAAAGGAGUAAGAGAAGCCCUGUCUUUCAGGAUUCUCGAGAUACAGAGUUUUCAUGCAGUGAUAAGGAAAGGAGCAGCAGCUACAUUAAUAUCCCAGAGAGAGGAAAUGGACCAGAAGGCAACUUAAACCAGAUUGUUACUGAACCCAAUACAAACAUUCCCCAGUUCUUGCACGAGGGGUAUGUACUAUGCCAAGGUCUUUAUUCCCACAUCAACCAGAUCUUGAAGGAGGCUCACUUCAACAGCCUGCAGCAGCGAGGACAAGCUCCAGCAUGAUGAACUAGGACUUCCUUAUUCCAACCUAACCUGUGUUUAUAAAAGCAAUUGCAUACACACCAAAAAAAGUCUAUUGGUUUUUAAGUCUGUAUUUUAAAUAACAAGUUAAUGGGCAAUUGUUUAAUUGGAGUUUCACUGAACUAUUGCAAUUUUAAACGGGCCAUGAAGAAAUUUUUAUGGGAUUGUUUUCAAGUUGGGUAUCAAAUUAAUGUUAAGGUAGCAAUAUGAGAAAACUUAUCCUGUGCAUUGAAGCCAUAGUAUGUCCAAUUCAGAUUGAUUUCCAGAUCUGUCAGUUAGAAACUCUAUGUUAAACAUCUUUUUAAAGUACAAGUAAGUCAUCUUAAAAAAUGCAAUGACAAUAGCCUAGUAAAGUAUAUGUAGCUUUCAUUUAAAAAACAAACAAAAAAUCCACACUCAAAAACCAUAAGUUAGUAUUCCCAAAUAUGCAAAGCCAGAUUCAGUCUUGCACUGAAAUGAACUGCCAUACUGUCCCUCAGAAGGUAGAUGUUCUAUUGAAAUUGCUCUCUAGUUGUAAUGGCAACAAUUAGACCCAGUUUAGACUGUGAACAUGAAAACCUCUCUCUAAUAACUCUCUCUACUCUUUGUAUUUCCAGGGAGAAUGUUUCUAAGGCUCUUGAAUACUCAGAUACCUUCUGUAUCAUUUAUCCUCUAGACUGUGCACUUCAGACCUAGUAGGAAAUACUGUACAAUUCUGUCAGACAAGAAAUAUGUAAUAACAUUUUGUCUUACACAAAAAUUUAUUACAUUAGCACAUGUGAUCUCAUAAUUCCAUCUAUUAUGUCUAGAGUUAAUGCUAAUACAGUGUAAGCUACUAAACUGAUGUGUAAAGUAGCAAGAAUUGUGGAAGUGGGUUGGACAACUGUAUACUUCAUGCUUCAAGGACCCUUUCACAGAGAUUAGGGAGCUAGCUUACAUUAUUAAAAUUGCAAAGAUUUCCAUGGCUUAGAAACAAUGAGCUGAUAUGCCAUUAGAAGAAACAGGCAGUACUAUUUAUUUAGAGAUAGUGUGUCCCCAUGUUUUAGUCAUACUAAAGAGCCAACCAAAUUUGAAUAGGGAAUUCAUAGAUGUGCUUCCUCAGUGGUGAGCUGUGUGAACGAGGAACCAGGAUGCAUCAGGUUAUCUGCCCUGGAGUAUGCAAUGGGGUACAACCUGUUGCUGGAUUUAAACAAAAAUGCUUUUCAGUCUAACAGUCCUCUCUUCCCUGGUCACAUUCUCUCUUCCACUGUAUUUGGAGGUCCACAGAGUGGAAGCUAGCAGAUCUGAGAACUAUGGAUAGCUCUACAAAGAGGUGUUUGCCAAUUGGCAAAGUUUGGGAAAGACGUAAGGUUACAGGUUUACUGAAAGGAGAAUGAGAUUUUAUUAAAUGACAGAAUUAACAUGAAAAUGAACACUGUCCUAGGAAAAGAACAGACACACACACACACACACACACACACACACAUAGAGGCACACACAUUUUCAUGUUUGUUUUCUUGAAUAUGGGUAGGAUUUUAAGGAAGAUACUUGUAGUGGAAUUUUAGUGUUAUGGGAAAAAAUUAUGGCACCACACUGGCCCCGAACUUAGGGAGUAGGCAUGAGUCAGUUAUUUCUCAAUUAGAUGGUUUGAGUAAGAACCUUUUUUCUAUGGCAAUUGCUUCCAAAGUCAAUAUCAGGUGUGUGAUGAGAAGAAAUUUGAAUUCCAAAAGGCUUUAUGUCAGAAAAUAGAGAAAGGAUACCUGGCGACCGGUUUCUCUAACAAUAAAGUGAGCAACUAAAUACUAAAGGAGAUGAGAUGUUUGAACUCUCAACCCACACGUACACAACAGGAUUCAGAAAUACCCAAGAAGAAUUUUGCAGGCUUAAAUACACAGCAUCCUACUGAAAGAAAGUAUCUAUUAAAAACACAGUAUAGUGGAAAAGCUGAGAAAGCAAAUUUCCAUUCAUUCCCCCACCUAUUUAAAGAUAUGAAAGAUAAAACUAUCACCAUGGCAAAGCAUUAUUUUUUCAAAGUAAAAAAAUAUACAUAAUAAAGCAAUUACAUAUACACAGAAAAAGUCUGUUGGCUUUUCAGUCUAUAUAAGACUUUUCAGUAGUUAGUUGAACUAAGUACAUACAAUCUUAUUCCAAAGUGGGCAGUGUAAAUCUCUUGUCCUAGUAAAUACAAUAUGCAAUCUCUGUCCUGUCAUCUGCAGAUGGUCUAAACCUGUUUAUGUCUUAAACUGGUUUAUGUCCUUUGGUCCUGAAGUGAAGUUCAAUAUUUCACAGCAGGGAAGGAACCAAGCUGUUUGAUUAUCUUUGCUAUGAAGGAGAAGUAUUUUCAAGGAAUAUCAGAAGAAAGUAGAACUACUCUGGAUUUUUUUUCCCAAAAUUAGGAGUUUGAAAAAAGGGAGCCAGAUUAGUUUAAGAGGUGAAAUUGGACCCUGUUAUAUUUUUUUAAAUGAGAGUAUAAAGCAAGGGCAGAAUGCCGCACCAAUACUGAGGUGGGGUGGUGGUUGGGGAAAGGAACUGCCCUUAAAUUCAAACCCACCCUUGUGUCACACUCUGUGUGAGUUAUUCAUUAACUCCUGAGGUAGGAGUGGGCUCUCCACUUCAUAGGGGAGGAGAGGUAGGCUGACAGUAAGUUAUCCCUAUGACUACAUGCAAUCCAGAGAAAACUGAGAGUGGUUAAUGAUUUGUUAAAAGGAACACAGUGGCCAAGCAGCAGUGCCAGGGCGUCUCUGCUUUUAUAGUGAAGACCAGGGCUGCCAGGCCACCUUUUUUUCUAGGGAACAAUUCCCUAUUUAUAUAACCAAAGAAACAGUAGAAUGAAACAAAGUUUAAGCUCUUCAUCAGAGUUUACAUGUUGAAUGAUUUUCUAAAUGCAUUCCUUUUUAUAUAGCAGCAUUUUCCUCAUUUUCAAAUGAAUACUCUGUAAUAUUGUCACUUAAGUCCCUACAGAGUGAGUCAGAUCUUAAAGCUGACACUGAUACCAGACUCUGUCUCCUCCUGGAUUUCUUGUUCCUUCUGGCUGGAGGCUGUAGUCAAAGCAUAACCUAUAUCAUCUGAAUGGAACAACUAGUUGAGUACAUGAACUGAGGCUGGGAAAAACAGGCAAAGAUUCUGACCAGGAAGCCAUUCAGAUCUAUUUUAUAUUUUGUUUAAACUAAGACAGUUAUCUUGAGACCAACUGUACAAAGAUGGUGUACCUAUCUAAAUCACAUGUGGGAUUCUACACUGGUGCACAUUUGACUGAUUGGUAAUUUCCAUGCAUCUUCUGGCCACAAUAUUGUUAUAAUAAGUGGCAAUUUUCUGGGUACCAACAAAAGUACAAAUUCAGUUGCCAAUUAUUAAGAUAUUGAUGGAGACUAUAGGGAAAAUGAUAUUUAGGUUGAAGCACAGAAAAUACAUAGUCUUCUCCAGGGAGAAAGUCAUUCAUUCAUUCUCAUCUAAUGAAAGGGAAAAAAUUCCAACUUUUUGGUCUAUAAAAUCUAAUUAAAAUGAAUAGAAAAGAUUUUAUAUCUGUGCUAUUUCUUAGGGACCAAGUGAAAGUAAUUGUAUGGAAUUAGAGUUGCUCUUCCCUUACUACUAAAAGACUUUUUUGAAGUAGGCAAGAGUGUAACAUAAUAAAAUAAAACAAAUUGAUGAUUAA